AUGUCUGUACUAUUUUACAAAAGACCAGAUUAUACCAACAAAACCAAUGGUCCUUUAAAUGCUACGGAAUGUCAACGAUAUGCUGCAAGAGCGAAAAAUUCUGAACGUACAAUUCCGCCCGGGCUACGGUUUGAAGACGUGCUCGAAAAUCAAUCUCUUCCACCAUGUUCUCUGAGUGACUUCAUGGACUUCCUUGUUUAUAUUGAGCACGAUGCAGAGAAUCUUCAAUUCUACCUAUGGUACAAAGACUAUGUUCGUCGAUUCGAGGCACUUCCAGAUUAUGAAAAGAAGCUGUCUCCAGAAUGGGUACCGGAAACAACCGAGCCCUCUGCUUUUGCCAGGGACGCAGAGAAGAAUGAAGGAAGGAAAAGAAACCCACCAAUGGAUAUUCCGGACUUCAACGAUAUGGCCGACUUCGAUGCAGAUAUUAAAUCUAAGGAUGGCCAGUCUCGUACCAAUUUAUCGAGGGCCGAUAGUGCUCUGGGUAGCCCAACAGCUCCUUCAGUUUUAUCAAGUAGUACUGGAGGACGCUCGGGAGAAAGAUCGAGCCAACCAGGUCUCAAAUGGCAACCUUUCACCAUUCAACCUAUGCGAGAAGAGGUGAAUCGUAUAAUGAGACAUUAUCUUGCUUUCAAUUCCGCUCGAGAACUUAACCUAUCUCACAAAGACCGCGCUUUAUGCCUACAUGCCCUUCAACACACAACCCAUCCGUCAGCUUUCCUACCAGCUGUGACCAUAACUGAAGCAACACUUCGAGGCCAAUCACAUCCGAAUUUUAUUAGAUGGUCUAUAUGCAACGGCAAUAAACCUCGUGUCUUCUUCGUCCGUACCAUGGGCGUCAGUAAUACCAUAUUUGGGUUUGUGAUGGCAAUUCUUUUGACGUUAUCGAGCGUUAGUCGGUGGUGGAGAAUAUUCGCGGGCGUGCAAUGGUUUCUAGGAAUGAGUACCUUAAUAGCAGCCUACAAAGGUCUCUGCUUGAUCAUGCACCAAUCGCACAAUCGCAACCUACGGCCCUGGGAACAAAUUCUACAACAAGAGGCCGCCGAUGAGGAAAGUGGACGACAUUCUUUUGAGAGUUCAUCGGAACGACGCAUCAAAAUGACGACUCGCACAGGCGACGAUCAUGAUAAGCAAAGCGAUGGGUUCACAAUCUCUGAAACUUCGACUAUGUCGAGUUUUGGCCCGAAGAACGAUGUGCAAGAAUUUGAGGAAAAAUGGAACAGUAUGUACAAGAAGAAGAACUUAGUGAGGAAGGUGUUCGAUAAGACUACUUGGACUCAAGAUGAAAACUUGAGAUUCUUACAAGACAAGAUUGUGACUGGGGCUCUUGCUUGGAGUAUGAUUAUCACGGUGCCGUUGACGGUUAUAUUUGUCGCUUUGCCAAAAGGAAAAUUUUAUUAG